GAGUUCUAACUGCUCAUUUUCUUCCCCGUUGCAUUUAGGAUAUGACUCCUUGUCUGUCUUGAGAACUGAGCUUUGUUCUGUUGGAAAAACUCUCCCUGAAGGAUGUCCUCCCUACAAAACCUUCUGGAGGAUGAGAACAAAUUCAUCUUAACCCCUGAUGACAGCAAGUCUGUCAGCUACUUCAGCACCUGUGGCAGGAAGUCUUCUUGCUCCUGUGUGCCUCAUCCCAGAGGUACCAGCUUUGUGACUUGUCCCACCUGCCAAGGCAGUGGAGAGAUACCUCGAGAGCUAGAAAAGCAGCUGGUGGCCCUCAUCCCCUACGGGGACCAGAGGCUGAAACCAAGGCGCACGAAGUUGUUCGUGUCCCUGGCAGUGCUCAUCUCCCUGGUGACAACCUCAUUCUUGUUCUUUGUCCUGUAUCCCCGCUCCAUCUCUGUGCAGCCUGCAGGACUCAACUCCUCCCUGGUGGCCUUGGACAAGGAUGAAAUCUACAUCAAUGUAUCGAAUAUCUUGAAUAUCUCCAACACCAACUACUACCCCAUCACUGUGACCCAGAUCACCAUUGAAGCCUUGCAUGUGUCCCUGGUGGUGGGCCAGGUCUCCCUCAGCAGCCUCCUACACAUUGGUCCAUUUACCACUCAGCAGAUGGUGUACACAGUAUCCACCAAGAUCAAAGAAGAAAGCACGUACAAAAUCUGUUCGUGGGAGAAAAUCAAAAUCCACCAUGUGGUUCUGCACAUCCAGGCCAUCCUGACUUACUCCUACCUGGGCCAUUCGGAGCAGAAGCCCUUUGAGAACUAUGAAUAUGUGGACUGCCGUGGAAACACAUCACUCACCUCCAGGCCAGCCUCUCUUCUGACAUGACCUGUCCACUGCUGCCACUCAUCUUCAGGCACAGGCCACAUAGGUCUGUGUCUGCCACUUACUAUUCCACGCUUCCCAAGGAAGGAGCAAAGUGACUUCCCAAAGGAAAAGCUUUUAUUCUAUGCUGCUUUCACCCCCAAUGCCUUUAGCACAGAUAUCUUUGUAUAUUAGUUA